AUGUCCUUCAUUUUACGUCCCUUCGGAAAGAACUUGUUGUCUUGUUCUAGCCAAGUGCUCAAGAGACACGCUCAUAAGAAGGCCAAUAUUCAAGUCAAGUUGAACCAGUUUGUUGAAGGUGUUGGACUUGAAAAACAAUUAGCCCACUUACAAUUGGAGGAAGCACUGCCUAGUUCACCUGCUACUCCUACCACCACUACUGAUUUUAACAUCAAUUCACAAAACAAUAUAAAUUCUAUUAAACCAAAAACAAUCAUGUUCACGAAACCACCUAAAUACAGUAAAGACCAAGACUUAGAAGUCUUUUUUUCUAUCUUUGAAACAGCUGCGGAACUGAAUGAAUGGAGCUCAGACAAACAAAAGCUGCAACAAAUCCAUCAAUGUUUCAAGGGAAGGUUACUAAAUUGGGUUGUUUCACGAAAAUUUGACGAUUGGCUUGUAUUCAAACAAGAGCUGCGAGAGAAAUUGGACAUACCCACGCGUGACGAUAUCUAUUACUUGAAUGAGAUGAUGGCUAUCAAGCGGAAAAACUUUGCGAGCGUUUCGAAAUUCAUCACGAAGUUUGACGAUACCAUGACGGAUCGGGAAGCUAGUUUCAGACAACAGGGUAGUACAAACCAAGACUCUGAAACAAGAAACAAUGAAACAAGUAGCACACAUGACACCAAGUUCUACAUUCAGUUGUUUAUACGUAACUCGUCACCAGCUGACAUGAGACGUUUCCUAAACUCUAAGAAGGCCGAGUCAAUUAAACAAAUAUACAAAUCUGCAAAGGAAUAUGAAGAUGACGACUCAUCAGACAAUAGCUCGUCAGAUGAUUCGGACAGUGAUACGGAUGCAAGUGAUUCCGACGAAGACAAGCCUACGAAAAAGGCCAAAAGAAAAUCCAAAUCUAGCAAAGUGACAUCCUCUACACUACCGGACUUCCAAUCUGCCCUACUAUGUGUCCUGGAGCAAAACAAUAAGUUACUAUUACUGCAGCAAAAUGCAAUGAACAAGCCUACAAGUCCACGAGUAACAGGUGCAUGCUAUAACUGCAACGUCAUUGGACAUCUAGAUCGUGAUUGCCCAUCUCCCUGUAAACACUGUAAUAGCACGGAGCAUAAGCGCUACUUCUGUCCAGUCAAGCCCGCAAGAACAAAUUAUGGUAGACCUACGCCAGAUGAUGCACGCGCAAUCACCAAUGGAGGACCUGCUGCUCUGUUAAUGGGAAUUACAGAUGAUCUUUGUGAGGGAAUAGUUGGAGAAGUGUUGAUGGUCAAGCGUACUAGCGACGAUGCUGAAAUCUCAAGAAAUAAUAUCAUCAAAAAGAAAUUGCGUAGCCAAGUCGCCAAGGAAGUUGGAGAGCCGCCCUUACUUAUGGAAACUAAACAGAAGGACACUGAAAAUACUUCCUGCAAUGUUACUGAAGCCACUACUUCCACGACUGAAGAAAAGGAGGAUGAAAGCAACAGCUGCAUCAAAGAGGUCCGGUUAGAUUUGGACGACUUCCAUUGCGACCCCACUCUUGGUACUCGUACAACAGAGGAUGAAGAGACAAUUGGCAAUGAAGCUGACCAUGAUUGUGCUGAUUCCAGGGUUGAGAUAUUUAAUUCCAAUGAUGAUGCGUCCCCCCCAAAAACCAAAACUCCCACAGCAAGUUUGGUUAAACAAUUAAGACAAAACAAGGUGUUCCAGUUAUCUUUCGAUGACAUUGUAAAUCUAUCUUCCAAAGCACAUACGGAAUUUAGAAGACCAAUUGAAAAUACGAAGGCGCAAGAGAAAGUAGCAAUUACCGACAUCUUGUAUCAAAAGUUGGAGCUCGAUACUAUUGUAACUCAAGGAAACCACGCUCCAAGGAUCAAAGGAAAAAUUGGUAAUAAGUGUACUAAAAUCGCACUAUUUAACAUAUAA